CGGCCCUUCGCGGCGGGAGGACGAGCGGGACGUGUCGGAGCUGCGCCUCAGGCCGUUGCGGGGCUGCGGACGGAGACCCCGGAAGGGCGGAGGGAGAGCGGACAUUUUUCCUACUCUUACCAACAUGGAAAGCUCAGAUUCUAAUAAUAAAGGAAGUGUCGAUCAAUCUGAAGCACAGCGUCGGAGUCAGCUGGACCGAUUGGAUCGGGAAGAAGCGUUCUAUCACUUUGUAAAUAAUCUGAGUGAAGAGGACUACAGGCUAAUGAGAGAUAACAACUUACUAGGCACCCCUGGUGAAAUUACUGAAGAAGAGUUGCUCAGAAGGCUGCAGCAGAUUAAGGAAGGGCCGCCCCAACAGAACAUGGAAGAGAAUAGAGGUGCAGAGUCAACAGAGGAUGUGUCUAAUGGCGAUUCCAUAAUAGAUUGGCUUAAUUCAGUUCGACAGACUGGGAAUACAACACGAAGCGGGCAAAGAGGAAACCAGUCUUGGAGGGCAGUAAGCCGGACUAACCCAAACAGUGGGGAUUUCAGAUUCAGCUUGGAAAUAAAUGUCAACCGUAGUAAUGGGAACCCUAACCCAGAAACUGAGGGUGAGCCACCUGUAGAACCAUCCAGCAGAGAGGAUCUAGAAAAUAUCCAAAGUGAUUCUGAGACUCCACAGUCUGAUUCUCCUCCUGUUGUAACGCAACCUGAAUCAGAAAUGAAUCCUCCUGAAGGGCUAAACGAGGAAGUUUCUCCUCCCAGAGGCCAGAGACGGUCAAGAAGCAGAAGUCCAGAACAACGAAGGACGCGAGCUAGGACUGAUAGAAGUAGAUCGCCGCUUAAUCCAGUGAGUGAAUCUCCUCGGAGGGCGCAUCAAAAUACGUCGUCUCAGACACCUGACCUUCCCCCAGUGAGCGAAGCUGAAGGAAGUUCUAGAACGAGACAACACAUGGUGAUAAGGCAGCAUGCAGCAUCUUCUGAGAUGCCUAGUGAAAAUACCGUGCUAUUUUCAGCCCCUGAAGCAAGACCUGCCCCUCAGGCAACAGGUUCCUCAGAAACAAAUGGCAGUGCAGAGUCUGCGGCCCCUGGACAGAGGCCUCCAACUAUCGUCCUCGACUUGCAAGUGAGACGGGUCCGUCCGGGAGAAUAUAGGCAGAGAGACAGUAUAGCCAACCGAACUCGAUCCAGGUCCCAGACCCCAAACAAUACUGUCACUUACGAAAGUGAACGCGGAGGGUUUAGGCGCACAUUUUCACGCUCGGAAAGGGCCGGAGUGAGAACUUACGUCAGUACCAUUAGGAUUCCUAUUCGUAGAAUCCUGAAUACAGGCCUGAGCGAGACGACCUCCGUUGCCAUUCAGACCAUGUUAAGGCAGAUAAUGACCGGCUUUGGUGAGCUGAGUUACUUCAUGUACAGCGAUAGCGAUGCAGAUCCUGGCGGCCCAGCACCCACCCCAAAUGUCGAAAUGGCAGAGCCGCCGAGUGGAGGUGGCAGUGGAAAUAGCAGUUCAAACAGUGAAGUUCCUGACGCUGUACCCGGGGAGACCUUUGAAGGUAGCAACGAAGGGGGGUCCGCAGCCGCCGGUAGGCGGGAAGGGCGGAAUGCAAGGGGGGCGGUGACUUUUGAAGAAAGUGGGUCUCUGCCAUUCCUUAGCCUGGCACAGUUUUUCCUGCUCAAUGAAGAGGACGACGACCAGCCAAGAGGGCUCACCAAAGAGCAAAUUGACAACCUAGCCAUGAGGAAUUUUGGUGAAAGCGACGCGCUGAAAACCUGCAGCGUUUGUAUCACAGAAUACACAGAGGGCAACAAGCUUAGGAAACUGCCUUGUUCGCAUGAGUACCAUGUACACUGCAUAGACCGCUGGCUCUCGGAAAAUUCGACAUGCCCAAUUUGUCGCAGGGCAGUCUUGGCUUCCAGUAACCGAGAGAGCGUUGUCUAAACGAGGGUGAACUUCCAGCUGAGUACGUGGUGAGCUAACAAUGGGCAAAGAAGCCAUUUUUAUGGCCACUUUUUAUGUGGUGGUUAUAGAUGUAAAGUAAAGAGAUGGUGUGAUCUUCCCUCAUGAAAAUGGAAUUUUAAAAAAACCACACCGUAGCGGAACCUUCUUGAUUAGGGUCCCAAAAAUAAUACCGGGGUUAUGUUGUCAAUUCAAAGGAAAAAAACAAGCAAACCUGCAUUUGCCCAAACACACUUGCCUGUUAUAUAGCCUCAGUUUUCCAACACAAAGUUCACAUUUUCCACCUCACCCCAAUGUGUAGUGAAUGUUGAAGACCUCAACUCUCUGCUCUUCCCUGUGAAGAACAUAACUGGAGUCAUUCAGCUUCAUGCAGCCCAUGCUUCAUUGUGGAUUAAAACAAAAACAAUCUCAGCUACCUUGGCAGAACAGUGAAAUUGCACCCCCUAAGUAUGAUUUUAGCUCCUUUCUUGUAUAGGGUAUUGAAUAUGGUAAUGUAAAUAACACUAAUGUUAGUCCCUCUCCCACUGUACAGCUGCCUCUAAGCCAACACUAUGGUGAACCAUAGAAUGAACUGAUAGUUUAAUGGGGAUAUUUAUCUUGCUGUGAAAAUAUAUUAAUUAAUUGCUUAUGCUUGUUUAAAUAAACUUUUGUUUUAAAAAUGGUAAA